AUGGCUUCCGGUUUAGUCCUCACCUCGAUCCGGCCGGCCGUGAUCCGGGCGAGCGCGGCCGACGGCCGCGGGAGGCGGAAGGGCCCGGCGAAGUCCGUUGCCGGCGGUGGGGGGGGCAACAACUGGUGGGUCCCGCUUUUCGGCUGGUCGGCGGAGCCGGACUACAUCGACGGCGCCGGAGCGGGAGCAGGGCCCGCGGAGGAUUCCCCCAAGAAAGGGGCGACGGCGUCGGCGGGGGAAGAGGAGAGGAGGCGGCCGGCGGGGCGAAGGUUCGCGGCGUUCACGGAGGAGAAGGCAAGGGAGCUGCGGAUGCGGAGCAUGGAGACGGAGGCCUUCCACGACGUGAUGUACCACUCCGCCAUCGCCUCCCGCCUCGCCUCCGACCUCCCCCGACGUCCCCUCUCUGCCGACAACUGAGGCACCCGGUGUUCUCGAUCGGAUGCCCUCUCGACCGAUCCCAUCCGUCGACUCUGAUCACGAAGACUCGUUCUAUUUUUCUGCGUCCGGUCUUCACUACCUCUAAUAAUUUCCCUUUUUUUCUAGCGUUGUGUAUAUGGAUUUAAGCCGCGCUGUCAUGAAAGGAAUUAUAGUACUUCCUUUUGGGUUUAUUUUACGUCGCCAAAAUUUGAUCUCCAUGCUUUGAGAGUCAUCUAUCCGAUUAAGAUCUUACCAUCAGAUCUUUUAUGCCCUUUAAUGAUUAUUUCGUUGUUUUUCGUA